AUGGUGGAUAUACGCCCACCCGCACCAAUGCAACAUCCAGUGAUGUUGGUCCCUAAAGGACCGGCUAAUGCUUCACCCAUUGGUCUCAUGGCCUUCGGUAUGACUACUAUGAUGCUGAACUUCUACAAUGCUGGUAUCACAGAAUCAGGUAUUAUUGGACUCAUCGCGUGUUUCGGUAUCUUUCAUGGUGGACGCGCUCAGCUUCUGGCUGAUUUUUCUCCGGCAAGAUCGUCACCGGGACCGCUUUCACUACAUACGGCUCAUUCUGGAUGGGACUCGGUCUGUUUUACGGGCUCAUAG